ACUGUUUUCCGUCUGUGGAUACCUCGUGUUUUUAUUCUUUCAUAUUUUUGCAAGCGGAAAGUUCGCUUUUGAUUUCGGUUAAACUUCAAUUCGGUACAUUAUACAAUUUGCCACCAUGUCCGCAGUCGCAACAGAAACACUUAUUGCAGAGCCAACUGUAGCCGCUAAUGUAGAAUCCACCGAUGAAGUAAAAAAAGUUAAAAAGCCAAAGCCGAACAACAAGAAAUUGCGACAAGAGGCGGCAGCCAAAAAAGCCACCGAAGGCGGCACCGAUGGCGAUGACCAAACAGAGCCAGCAACAAAUGGAGUACCGGCUCAGCAAGCCGGCCAACCGAAGAAGAAGCCAAACAAUAAGGGCGGCAAAAAAUCUGGACAAACAGAUCCACCCACUAUACCAAUUUCCAAGCUCUUCCCUAAUGGAAACUAUCCCGAAGGUGAGAUAGUGGAACAUCCUACACCCAAGGACUUACCGGAUGAUCGCACAGCCAGAGAUCGUUUUACUUCCGAAGAGAAACGUGCAUUGGAUCGCAUGAAUACGGAUAUUUAUCAGGAGUUGCGUCAAGCUGCCGAGGCCCAUCGUCAGACACGUCAGUAUAUGCAGCGUUACAUUAAGCCGGGUAUGACCAUGAUUCAGAUCUGUGAAGAACUGGAGAACACAGCCCGUCGUCUGAUUGGAGAGAAUGGCCUGGAUGCUGGUUUGGCCUUCCCCACUGGUUGCUCUCUAAAUCAUUGUGCUGCUCAUUAUACACCCAAUGCUGGAGACACAACCGUUCUUCAGUACGAUGAUGUGUGCAAAAUUGAUUUUGGUACUCACAUCAAGGGACGGAUCAUUGACUGUGCCUUCACUUUGACCUUUAAUAACAAAUACGAUAAGCUGCUCCAGGCCGUCAAAGAGGCCACAAAUACAGGCAUCAAGGAGGCUGGUAUUGAUGUGCGUCUAUGCGAUAUUGGUGCAGCCAUUCAAGAAGUAAUGGAAUCAUAUGAAUUGGAGCUAGAUGGCAAAACUUAUCCCAUCAAGGCCAUACGUAAUCUGAAUGGUCAUUCGAUAAGCCCGUACCGCAUUCAUGCUGGCAAAACGGUGCCCAUUGUCAAAGGCGGUGAGUCUACACGGAUGGAGGAGGAUGAAUUCUAUGCCAUUGAAACCUUUGGCUCCACUGGCCGUGGUCUCGUUCACGAUGAUAUGGACUGUUCGCAUUAUAUGAAGAACUUUGAGGUGCCAUUUGUUCCAUUGCGUUUGCAAUCAUCGAAACAAUUGUUGGGCACCAUCAAUAAGCAUUUUGGCACUUUAGCCUUUUGCAAACGUUGGCUGGACCGUGCGGGUGCCACUAAAUAUCAAAUGGCUCUCAAGGAUCUAUGCGAUAAAGGUAUUGUCGAAGCCUAUCCACCAUUGUGCGAUAUCAAGGGCUGUUAUACCGCUCAAUAUGAGCACACGAUUAUGUUGCGUCCCACAUGCAAAGAAAUUGUCUCCCGUGGCGAUGAUUAUUAAGCAUUAAAUGAUGGACAUAAAAAAGAUGAAGCGAGUGAGUGAGUGAGAGACACAAGAGAGAAACAAACAACAACAAGAAUACCCUUUUUGGAUCACAAUUUGUAGCUUGCAUUAUAUAAAAGUUUUUGAUAUAUAUAUAUAAAUAAGUUCAUUCAA